GGAUCUGCCUUUAAAGUUGUUGGGGUUUUUGUCUAGCAAACUGUUGGUUUGGGGUGAUGAAUUGUUGGUAUAAUAAAGUGGUUUCUUUGCUGUACUGACUAACCAGAAAUCCCACUUCGUAGCUGCCAUUAACUUGGUCAAGUUACUUAUCUGUGCUACUUAUCUUUUCUUACCUGUAAAGAGGAGCCAGAGCUCUCCCACAGUGCAUGCACUGGAUUGUUUUUCACUAGAUCUCCAGGAGGUUGAGGUUUUCUAUUUUGUUCAAGACCGGCACAAAAUUGGUACUCAAGAAAACAUUGAUGAACGAAUGAGUAAGUUGGGGAUGAAAGAAAGAGGUUUGGAAAGAAGGACAGCUUUGAGAAAUGGAUGCUCUCAAUCCCUAGGGCACUGAAACCCUUGGGUGCUGUGGAGGCUCCUCCCCUGGAGAUCAUCCCUUCCCACUCGCAGCACCUCCUCCGGCGGGCGUGUCCUGCCGAUGGGGCGUGCACCAGGGCAAUCCCGGACCUAACCAGAUGGGGCGGGGCGGAGUAGACACUCUGGCCCGGCCUUGGCUCACCUCAUCCACCGGGGACGGAAGUGUCAGCCGGGCCCUAGUCCCCCAGGGACUACAGACCUGCAGCCGGGCCGCGCCCCACCGGGCUCUCAGGCUCAGGCUAGCUGCAGCGCCGGAGGCACCAUGAAGCGUGCAGGUACCCUGCGCCUGCUUUCCGAUCUGGGCAACUUCACCAGCGCCGCCCGGCUCCGCGAGUUGUUGACCGGGGACCCAGCAGUCCUAGUUCGCUGCUGCCCUGACGGCCGCCACCUGCUGCUGCUAAGACCCCCAGGGUCGCCCGCUCCGCAGCUUCUAGUGGCUGUGCGUGGUUCAGGCCUGGAGCUGGAGCGUGCCUGGCCGGAGGGCCAGCCAUCGCCGCUGGAUGCUUUCUUUCUGCCGUGGCUGACUCGCCCCGCACUGAUCUUGGUGUGGGAGAGUGGCCUGGCAGAAGUGUGGGGCUCAGGGAUGGAGCCUGGAUGGCGGCUGCUUCAGAGCACUGAGCUAUGUCCGGAUGGUGGAGCCCGCUUAACGGCCGUGGCAGCGCCCCGAGGCCGCCUAGUUUGGUGCGAGGAACGUCAACUGGACACUGAGGACCAGUCAGAGCAGCUUUCGGUAACUUUCAGCCACUGCGUGUGCGUCAAAACCCUGGAGCCUAGCGGGGAGGCUGGUACCAACCUAGGCCGCACACACAUCCUGCUGCACCACUGUCCCUCUUUUGGGCUAAUGGCCUCCCGCAAGGACCUCUUCCUGGUGCCCACUACCACCACCUGGCCUGGUGUGGCCCACAUUCUGCUGAUCUGGAGCCCAAGCAAAGGCAAGGUGAUAGUUGCUGCCCCAUCUCUUGGCCUCUCUUACAGUAAAAACCUGAAUCCCAGGCAAGGGGAUACCUGGGACUUUCCCACCCUGGUCCGAGGCCUUCCUGGGUUUCUGUCCCCCAGGGAGCCAUUGGCUGUACACACCUGGGCCCCAACUCCCCAGGGCCUAUUGUUACUUGACUUCAGAGGCCAGGUGAGUCUCGUGCAGUGCCAUGGUGGUGUUCGAACUGUGGGAACGCUGCAGGAGGCACCUAUAGGCCUAGAAGGGUCUGCAGCCCUGGGAACAUUUCAUGGCACUCUGGCCUGUGUCCUGGGCUCCACCUUGGAACUACUGGACAUGGGUAGUGGACAGCUGCUGGAGAGGAAAGUCCUAAGUACAGACAGAAUACAUUUGCUGGAACCUCCAGCCCCUGGCAUGAAGGUUGAGGAAGAAUUGGAAAUCCAAGGAGGUCUACGUUUGCUUUCAGCCUUGGGUCUUUUUUCUGUGGGUUGGGAAGCUCCCCAAGGCCUUGAACUGCCCUUAGGCAAGGAUCUGGUGUUUGAGGAGGCCUGUGUGUAUUAUCAGCGACGCAGCCUACGGGGCACUCAGCUCACCCCAAAAGAGCUGAGACACAACAGUAUGUUCCGGGCACCUCAGGCCUUGGCCUCCAUCCUCCAGGGCCACCUGCCCCCAUCUACACUGUUGACUACGUUGAGGGCUGAGCUUCGGGACUACCGGAGCUUAGAGCAACUCAAAGCCCAGCUGGUGGCUGGGGAUGAUGAGGAGGCUGGCUGGACUGAGUUGGCAGAGCAUGAAGUGGCCCGCCUGCUGAGGACAGAGUUGACAGGAGAUCAGCUGGCCCAGUUCAACACCAUUUUCCAAGCCUUUCCUACAGCAGCUUGGAGUGCCACCCUCCAGGUCCUACAGCUCCAGCCAGAUAGGUCUGGCAAACUAAGGUCCCAAGCACCCCCUGAUGUGUGGAAAAAGGUACUAAGGGAUACAACAUCUGGAAAGGGGCCCCCCAGUGGGAUACUGCCCCCUUUUGAACUCCUGUGCCAGUGCCUAUGCCGACUGGAGCCGCGAUGGCUGCCUCCUUUUGUAGAACUGGCACAGCAGCAGGGUGGGCCAGGCUGGGGGACUGGAAGCCCUGGUCUACCCCUCUAUCGCCGAGCCUUGGCAGUGCUAGGUGAGGAGGAGACCAGGCCUGAGACCCUGGAACUAGAGCUGCUUCUGGGUAGUGGGCGGCCCAAAGCUGUGCUGCAAGCUGUGAGGCAGCUGGUAGAAAAGGAGCAGUGGGAGCGGGCUCUGGAAGCUGGCCUGGCCCUCGGUCCCUCCAGCCCUCUACUAAGAAGUGAAAUCUUCAAACUGCUUCUGGCAGAGUUUGUGCAGCAUCGCCACCUUGAUUCUCACCUCCCCCUUCUUUGCCGCUUGUGCCCACCAGAACUGGCUCCAGAUGAACUCCUGCUUCUAUUGAGGACACAUCUCCCUGAUGAGGUGGGAGCCCCCGCCCCAUUCCCUGAGCCUGGGGCAGAGCCCCCUCUCACAGUGGGUUUGGUCAGAGCCCUGCUAGAACAGACUGGGGCUCAAGGACGGCCCUCUGGCCCUCUUCAAAGUCCAUAUGAGGACAUCCUAUGGGAUCCAGGCACACCACCCCCUACCCCACCUCGUGGACCAAUUACCACCCUCCAAGUUUCGGACUACCCAGGACUGGAAGCUUAGGUACCAUUGGAACUGGGCCUCUGUGCAGCGGACAUGGAAAAUCAUUUGCAGGAUGUAGCUACCCAUGGAAGGGUAUCUUAAGAGCUGGAGGGCACUGAGGUGGAACCUGUGUGUGCAAUACUGUCUAUUCUGGAACAAUUUUUAAAAUGUAUAUAACUAUUAAUUAUA